AUAUUUGCUCGUGCGUCCAUUUCGGCUAAUUGCUUUGUGUUUUUUGUUGUUUUGCUGUUGCCGUCGUCGUGUUUUUUGUUGUGCUUCUCCGGAAUUUAAGUUAAGCAUAGCCAAGGAUCUCUGCUGCUGAACAAGAUACUUAACCGCGAGCAAGACAAAGACGCUGAGCAGCGACUGCAGCUGCAUUUAUUUCCAACUUCUUCUUCGUCUUGGAGACGGAGCGCAGGAGCGAGAGAGUUUUGUCAUAUGCCUGGCAGCAUUUGGAAACGGCGCCUUUUGCAUAAAUUGACGCCAGGCGGGCGGAUAAGCCGAAAAUGGGAGCAACAGCAGCAGCAGGCGCUGCGAGUGUGAGGCAGAAACAAGCCCGAAAUGGAAAGGCAAACAUAAAGCAAUUUUAUGCGUUUUUAAAAUCCGUCAAUUGACUGAAACAACAAAAGCUGCUGUUGAAAUUCAAGAGAACCGCAUGUGAGCACGUUUUCCAGCAAAACGAGGAAUGGAAUAAGGGAGACGCACAAAUCAAAUACAGCCAUAUAAGCAUAUCGAAUAGGAACCGCAGGACGAAGACGUCGCUGAUAAGAAGGCAACUGCGAGGAGCCAAGCAGAACGCUUGAUGAGAAUUCACAAUUGGCGCCAACGGAGCCGCACAGUCAAGCAACAACAAAUGGAACAUGUUGAUGCCGGUGCUGGAAUACAACAAACACAUUGCCAAAAUACCAAAUUGCAAAAUGAGGUCGCUUAGGGCGUGUAUGCAGCAACUGCUGCUAUUGCUGCUGCUGUUCGGCCACAGCGACGUUUGCCGGGCGCUGGACAUUGCGGCCAGCAAUGGCGGAGGAGGCGGUGGCAGCAGCACCGGCUCCGGCUCUGGCUCUGGCCCUGGCAUGGGUGCGAGUGGCGGCACUGCGUUGAGUGGGCCGCCGGGCGCACUGAAUGCCAAUCUCACGGAUCUGGGCAGUCCCGGUGUGUAUAAUUCGACAAAUGGUUUAAUGCUAAUUACAUGUAGAGCUGAGCUGUUUAACUGUUAACUCCCCAACCAAAAUUGAGGCGACGCCGCCAUUUUGGCAAUUUCAUGAUGUUUGCGUGCGUGUGUGUGUAUUCUUGUGCGCACUUCCGGUUUCCUUUUCCGCUGCCCACUGACCGGUUGCCUUGGCAAAAAACUAUUAGCCACUUUUAGCUAAAUAACCACGCCCAGCCACCCCAACUCUUAUGUGUAUAUAUAUAUAACAGCACACCUACACACACACACACACACUAGCAAAACACUAAGCAUCAAUUAACCCAAUUUUUAGAAUCCAUUUUCACCUGACUCCGGGCACUGCUCUCUGAGCUUUAGCUUUUCUCUAUAUACUUUGCAAGCUACACUUCUUUCAUGUUUUCUUUUAUUUUAUUUUAUUCGUUUUCUUUUUCUGUUCUAACCUCCCAAUGCAGUAGUGUGUUUGGCCAUGCUGUUCUUUUAGAUGUAUUUUUUUUAGAAUAUUUUUUGUGCCCAGCUCGACAAAUGCUACUCUCAGGGUCCCACGCUGAAAAGAGUCUAAUAGAUGAAAUUUCUUUGAAUAUCAUAGCAUAGCAUCGAAUUAUAUAGUCAAAAGCUAUAAGAUUCCGAUAGGAUAUUUCUUCACCUAAGACAUUCCAUUAAGAGGCCAGGAUAUAUUAUUAGAAAAUUAUGAGUCUAUGUUAGGCUAACAACCCUAUUUUUCGUACUACUGGGUAGCUGCUGGUCGGGCUGCAAUGACUUCAGCACACUGCUCACUAUGCUGCACCAUCACGAAUCCCAAGUGGCGACGUCGCCGUACGCCAAAGUUUAAUCCCAGAAAUUCCAUACACACAUACUAGUACAUAAUGUGGCUCGCCUCUACCCGGCAGCUUCUCUUGGCAUUUUUUCUUUCUUUCUCCCUCUUUCGCAGGCGCUGACGUGUUCUGUUGUAGUUUGGUUUUGGUUUGGUCUGGAGGAUUGGAUGGGAACGCCUUCAUGGAAGCUUCCAGCAACGAUUAUAAUUAAUCUAUUGAUUUUAAUUUGCAGCUUACUGAAUAAUUCACACAAAUAUUACAAUUAAUUUUUUCCAGCAUUUAACAUGGCAUAUUUAAAUAACUAUGAACGAAAUUUUUUGAUGAAAAUUCCGUUUAUUUAAUUUCUUUUUUGUUUUUGUUAUUCCCCAGCUCAGCAAAUGGAGCUCAUUACGAAUUGAUGAGCUCGUAAUCAGCAGCUACAGCUACUUUUAAUAAAA